AUGGGGUCUGAGGAUCACGGGGCCCAGAACCCAAGUUGUAAAAUCAUGACAUUUCGCCCAACCAUGGAAGAGUUUAAGGAUUUCAACAAAUACGUGGCCUACAUCGAGUCCCAGGGAGCCCACCGGGCAGGCCUGGCCAAGAUCAUUCCUCCGAAGGAGUGGAAGCCACGGCAGACGUACGACGACAUCGACGACGUGGUGAUCCCCGCGCCCAUCCAGCAGGUGGUGACAGGCCAGUCGGGCCUGUUCACGCAGUACAACAUCCAGAAGAAGGCCAUGACGGUCGGGGAGUACCGCCGCCUGGCCAACAGCGAGAAGUACUGCACUCCGCGACACCAGGACUUCGACGACCUGGAACGCAAGUACUGGAAGAACCUCACCUUCGUUUCUCCCAUCUACGGGGCUGACAUCAGCGGCUCCUUGUACGAUGACGAUGUGGCCCAGUGGAACAUCGGGAACCUACGGACCAUCCUGGACAUGGUGGAACGGGAAUGUGGCACCAUCAUCGAGGGCGUGAACACCCCCUACCUGUACUUCGGCAUGUGGAAGACCACGUUCGCCUGGCACACGGAGGACAUGGACCUGUAUAGCAUCAACUACCUGCACUUCGGGGAGCCCAAGUCCUGGUAUGCCAUCCCACCGGAGCACGGCAAGCGCCUGGAGCGGCUGGCGAUCGGGUUCUUCCCCGGGAGCUCCCAGGGCUGCGACGCCUUCCUGCGGCACAAGAUGACCCUCAUCUCGCCUAUCAUCCUCAAGAAGUAUGGAAUCCCAUUCAGCCGGAUCACGCAGGAGGCCGGGGAGUUCAUGAUCACCUUUCCCUAUGGCUACCAUGCCGGCUUCAAUCACGGAUUCAACUGUGCUGAAUCCACCAAUUUUGCUACUCUGCGGUGGAUUGAUUACGGCAAGGUUGCCACUCAGUGCACAUGCCGGAAGGACAUGGUCAAGAUCUCCAUGGACGUCUUCGUGCGCAUCCUGCAGCCGGAGCGCUACGAGCUGUGGAAGCAAGGCAAGGACCUCACGGUGCUGGACCACACCAGGCCCACGGCCCUCAGCAGCCCCGAGCUCAGCUCCUGGAGCACCUCCCGGACCUCACUCAAAGCCAAGCUCCUCCGCAGACAAAUUAGUCUGAAAGAAAGCAGACACUGGAAAAAGACUGAGGAGGAGAGGAAACCAAAUCUAGAGAGGAAGAAAGAGCAGAGCAAAAAGCCGGGGCUGUCGUCUCACCGGAAACGCAGUCAGCCCAAGAAGCCCAAGGCAGAAGACCCCAAGUCACCAGGGGAGGGGGCGGCAGGGGCAGCCCUCCUGGAGGAGGCUGGUGGCAGUGUGAAGGAGGAGACCCCGCAGGAAGCUGACCCCGAGGAUGAGGAGGAGGACCCCCAGCUGCCACCACAAGGCCGCGAGGCAGAGAGCGCGGAAGAGGAUGGACGGGGCAAGCUGCGGCCCGCGAAGACUAAGAGUGACCGGAAGAAGAAGAGCCAUGGCCCCCUGCACUCUCACCACCCACUUCUGCCCCCACUGCCGCCGCCCCCGCUCACUCAGUUCCCCACUGAGGAGGUGCCACCACCCCCACUGGAGCCCCCGGUGCUCACCCCCAGCCCUGUGGCCCCUGAGGAGAGCCCCCUGCCGCCACCCCUCAACGUCGUGCCUCCCGAGGCACCCGGCGACGAGCUGGAGCUGAAGCUGCGCCCCAUCAUCCCCAUGCUGUACGUGGUGCCACGCGCCAGCUCCACCAUGUGCGACAAGAGCCGAGUGUCCUGCCAGCAGGCGUCUGAGCACUUUGCCCAGAAGAGCCCCACCUGGAAGGAGCAGGCCGCCCCCAUGGAGCUGACGGGGCCCGAGGAGGGGAGAGCAGCGGGCGAGGUGCAGGCUCCAUCAGCGUUUUCCAAAUUGAAGAUGGAGAUCAAGAAGAGCCGCCGUCACCCUCUGGGCAAGCCGCCCACCAGGUCCCCGCUGUCCGUGGUCAAGCAGGAGGCCUCCAGUGAUGAGGACGCCUUCCCUUUCUCUGGGGAAGAGGACGUGAGUGACCCUGAGGCCUUGAGGUCCCUACUGUCCCUGCAGUGGAAGAACAAGGCGGCCAGCUUCCAGGCCGAGAGGAAAUUCAACGCGGCGGCUGCCCUGACUGAGCCGUACUGCGCCAUCUGCACCCUCUUCUACCCGUACAGCCAGUCCCUACAGACAGAGAAGGAGGCCCCCCAGGCCUCCCUGGGGGAGGGCUCCUCUGUGCUGCCUUCCAAAAGCGGCCAGAAGACACGGCCGCUGAUCCCCGAGAUGUGCUUCACCUCCAGUGCUGAGAACACGGAGCCACUCCCUGCCAACUCCUAUAUCGGCGACGACGGGACCAGCCUACUAAUCACCUGUGCCAAGUGCUGCCUGCAGGUCCACGCCAGUUGCUACGGCAUCCGACCGGAGCUGGUCAACGAGGGCUGGACGUGUUCCCGGUGCGCGGCCCACGCCUGGACUGCGGAGUGCUGCCUGUGCAACCUCCGGGGAGGCGCCCUGCAGAUGACGACCGACAAGAGGUGGAUCCACGUGAUCUGCGCCAUCGCGGUUCCGGAAGUGCGGUUCCUGAACGUGAUGGAGCGCCACCCUGUCGACAUUAGCGCCAUCCCCGAGCAGCGGUGGAAGCUGAAAUGCGUGUACUGCCGGAAGCGGAUGAAGAAGGUUUCUGGCGCCUGCAUCCAGUGCUCCUGCGAGCAUUGCUCCACCUCCUUCCACGUGACCUGUGCGCAUGCCGCCGGGGUGCUCAUGGAGCCGGACGACUGGCCCUACGUCGUCUCCAUCACCUGCUUCAAGCACAAGUCGGGGGGCCACACCGUCCAGUUCCUGAGGGCCGUGUCCUUAGGCCAGGUGGUCAUCACCAAGAACCGCAACGGGCUUUAUUACCGGUGCCGUGUCAUUGGCACCACCACACAGACCUUCUACGAAGUGAACUUUGAUGACGGGUCCUACAGUGACAACCUGUACCCGGAGAGCAUUACUAGCAGAGACUGUGCCCGGCUGGGACCCCCACCUGAGGGGGAGUUUGUUGAACUCCGGUGGACUGAUGGCAACAUCUACAAGGCCAAGUUCAUUUCCUCUAUGACCAGUCAUAUCUAUCAGGUGGAAUUUGAGGAUGGGUCCCAGCUGACAGUCAAGCGCGGUGACAUCUUCACCCUGGACGAGGAGCUGCCUAAGAGGGUCCGGUCACGGCUGUCGGUCAGCACGGGGGCGCCUCAGGAAAGCGUCUUCUCGGGAGAGGUGAAGGCCGCCAAGCGCCCACGGGUGAGCACCCCGCACGCCCCUGAGGGCUCAGGGCGGAAUGCGGACUACCUGGCCUUCAUGGAGAGCCUCCUGCAGGCUCAGUGCCGCCCCGGAGCCCCCUUCUAG